AUGGAGAAGAUGAAGAUCAGCCGGAGUUUCUCGGCUGAGAAGCCCAGAUUGUUCGCCGGCCUCCUCGCAGCCGCCUUCGCCGCCACGCUGCUACUAAUCGCCGGUUCGUUCACUUCUCUCUCACCAAACUCCCCCUUCCUCUGUUCCACCUCUGCCGUCGGUGGAAGCGACGACGGCAAAAGCAAAGACCCGACGCCGCCGCAGCUGGAAGCAAUCCUCCACUACGCCACCUCCCGGACCGUCCCGCAGCAAUCUCUGGCGGAAAUCUCGGUUUCCGCAGCCGUCCUCCGGUCGUUGGGCCCGUGUCGGUUCCUCGUCUUUGGGCUGGGCCACGACUCGCUCAUGUGGACCGGGCUCAAUCCACGUGGCACCACUCUAUUCCUUGAGGAGGACCCACGCUGGGUCCACUCCAUCCUCCGUCGUUUCCCCAAUUUGUUGCGCUCGCGCGUCGUCAGAUACCCCACGCGCCUCCAUCAGGCUGAUUCGCUUCUCUCGUCUUACAAAGACGAGCCCGACUGCCUUCUCGGUGGAUCUCAUGGGCUUGCGCGUCUCAAGGGUAAUGCAAAGUGCAAGCUGGCACUGAGUACGUUGCCUAGUGAGGUGUACGAGGAUGAGUGGGAUGUGAUUAUGAUCGACGCGCCGAGAGGGUACUUUCCCGAGGCACCGGGGCGGAUGGCGGCGAUAUACACGGCGGCGGUGAUGGCGCGUGGGAGGACGCACCACGGGGUGACGCACGUGUUCUUGCAUGACGUUAACAGGAGGGUGGAGAGGGUGUAUGCUGAGGAAUUUUUGUGUAAAAAGUACUUGGUGAAAGCUGUGGGGAGGCUUUGGCAUUUUGAGAUACCUUCCUUUGUUGGCAAUGGAAACUUCACUAGUUUUUGUUAG